CCGGCUGGACAGGAGCACAGAUCCUAUCAGAUACUGCGGAGAUUGGUCCUUGUCUGGCUGUCCCAGAGGCUUGGAGGCACCAUGGCAGGAUCCCGUUUCCUGCCCCUGCUGGUUUUCCUGCUGAGCUCAGCCCUGGCGUCUGCUGAAUGGGAUCGUGUAGAGUCUCCUGGGGUCCAUACCAAGGAGGGUCAGGCUCACUAUGGGGCCAGUCAGAAUCACCAUGGAGGCAGCCAGAAUCAGCAUGGAGAUGGCCAGAAUCACCAUGGAGGCAACCAGGCUCAACAGGGAGGCAGCCAGGCUCAACAGGGAGACCGUGACGGAAAUGGAGACAGGAUUAUUGAUGGCUAUCCGUGUGACAAAGGCUCCCAUCCAUGGCAGGUGGCGCUGCUCAAAGGCAGCCAGCUGCACUGUGGUGGUGUGCUGGUUGGCAGGCGCUGGGUGCUCACGGCUGCCCACUGCAAGAUGGGCCAGUACGUGGUGCAGGUGGGUAGUGACAAGCUGGGUGACAAGAGAGCCCAGAAGAUUAAGGCCACACAAUCAUUCCGCCACCCGCGCUACUCAUCACAGACCCACGAGAAUGAUAUCAUGCUGGUGCGGCUCAAUAGUCCAGUCAAGAUGUCCUCUGGUGUGAAGGCCGCCAAUCUGCCCACCCACUGCGAACCUGCUGGGACUUCAUGUUCCGUCUCUGGCUGGGGCACUACAACCAGCCCACAAGUGACCUUCCCAGCCGAGCUCAUGUGCACCAAUGUGAAUCUCAUCGACCCCAGUGAGUGCAAAAAGGUGUACAAGGAACUGCUGGGGAAAUCCAUGCUGUGUGCAGGCAUCAAGGACUCCAAGACGAACACCUGCAACGGUGACUCAGGAGGACCGUUGAUGUGCAAAGGUACUGUGCAAGGUAUCGUGUCCUGGGGAACCUUCCCUUGCGGCCAACCCAACGACCCAGGUGUCUACACUCAAGUCUGCAAGUAUAGCGACUGGGUGAAACAGACCAUAAGAAGACAUUCCUAGUGCGCCACCAGGAUUCAACUCAUCGCUCCUCAGGAAGCUCACAGAAAUAAGGACAUCAGUGACCUCUAAAUUCUUUAUUUUUCUUCAGAGAUAUAUUAAAAGUUCAAAAGAACACAAGUCAAAAUAGAGAGGACCUAAAACCAAAUCAAGAAAAGAGAAAGCUCAGGGCUGUGGAAAGUGCUGGUGAAACCAGCACUCUCAAAUCCUGGAGCAGAUGGUUUGCUGUCACGAGUGAAGCCUAUCGUUCACUGCCUUUGAUCCAGUGAUUCUAAUUCUAGGAAGACAGUACUAAAAAAACAACAACAAAGCAAAACGUACUGAAUGUGGAGCAAGAGUUGAAUUAAUUGCCUUAUUCGUUUUAGUAAAAAAGGGAAGAAAUACGGAACCUGUUCUAGAGUAAGUGGGUUGUUUAAACAAUCGGUCAGUUUGUUCAAGGUCACAUAGAAGCCAUUAGGAGUAAGACGUAGGCAGAACUGCAAGUGCCAUAUUUGUUCAUAUGAUGUUUAAUGGAAGAAGAACUGCAAAAGAAAAAUAUAUGUGAUCCGGUAAAUGAUACACUUACAGUAAAAUUGGAAAGAAUACGUACCAAAUGCA